CGGCCGUUUUUGGGGGGGGGGGGGGAAAUUUUUUGGGAAUCUCGGCGGGAAAAAAAAAUUUGGGAAUUCCGGCGGGAAUUUUUUUAAUUUUUUUGGGAAUUCUUGUGGGGAUUCUUGAGGUGAUGGCCGCCCCCGCCAGCGCGCAGAGCGCCAGCAAGACCUGGGAGCUGAGUCUGUACGAGCUGCACCGAACGCCGCAGGAGGCCAUCAUGGACGGGACGGAGAUCGCGGUGUCCCCGCGCUCGCUGCACUCGGAGCUGAUGUGCCCCAUCUGCCUGGACAUGCUCAAGAACACCAUGACCACCAAGGAGUGUCUGCACCGCUUCUGCUCCGACUGUAUCGUCACCGCGCUCAGGAGCGGGAACAAGGAGUGUCCCACCUGCCGGAAAAACCUCAAUUCGAACAAGGAGUGUCCCACCUGCCGGAAGAAGUUGGUUUCCAAGCGUUCCCUGCGCCCCGACCCCAAUUUCGACGCCCUCAUCUCCAAGAUUUACCCGAGCCGCGACGAGUACGAGGCUCACCAGGACCGGGUCCUGGCCAAGCUCAGCCGCCUCCACAACCAGCAGGCCCUCAGCUCCAGCAUCGAGGAGGGGCUCAAGAUGCAGGCCAUGCACAGAGCCCAACGCGUCCGGAAGUUGGCGGCCGAAUCCGACCCCGCCGCCUUUUCCGGAGGCGAGGAAGCUCUGGAAUCCCUGGGGACGCCUCCGGAGCCGCCGGGGCCCAGCCGGAAACGUUCCCGCGCUUCCGACGAUUCCGGUCCCGACGCGGAGGCGGAAGCGGCGGCGGAAGGGGCGGGGCCGGGGGUGGCCUUCGGCCUCGUCUUCCUCAUCCUCCUCAUCCUCAUCUUCCUCGUCCUCGUCUUCCUCGUCCUCAUCGUCCUCAUCGUCCUCGGCCUCGUCUUCCUCAUCCUCGUCUUCCUCGUCCUCAUCGUCCUCAUCGUCCUCAUCCUCAUCUUCCUCGGCCUCGUCUUCCUCAUCCUCCUCGUCCUCAUCUUCAUUGUCCUCGUCCUCAUCUUCCUCAUCCUCAUCCUCCUCAUCCUCAUCGUCCUCGUCCUCUCCACGCUCUUGUUCCUCAUCCUCGUCCUUCUCCUCCUCUUCGUUAAAACCACCUCCAACGCCACCGUCGAUCACCUCUCCAAGUACCUGGCUCUGCGCAUUGCCCUGGAGGAAGCUCCGCCCCCCGGGCCUGACCCCGCCCCCUCCCUUGGUGACGUCAGCGAGAAGCAAUACACCAUCUACACCACCACUUCCGCCCCUGAACGGGUCCCUGACGCUGGAAUUGGUGAACGAGAAGUUCUGGAAGCUCAGCAAACCCCUGGAGCUCUACUACGCCCCCACCAAGGAGCAGAAAUAGGGGGAAAUCACCCCAAAAUUCACCCUGGGGAGCCCAAAAUUCAUCUUGGGGAGCCCAAAAUUCAUCUUGGGGGCCUGAAAUUCGUCUUGGGGGCCCCAAAAUUCAGCCCAAGGGCCCCAAAAUUCAUCCUGGGAGCCCCAAAUUCAUCCUGGGAGCCCAAAAAUUCAACUUGGGGACCCCAAAAUUCACCCUGGGGAGCCCAAAAUUCAUCUUGGGGAGCCCAAAAUUCAUCCCAAGGGUCCCAAAAUUCCAUCAGGGAACCCCAAAAUCCACCCAAGGGUCCCAAAAUUCCAUCUGGGAACCCCAAAAUUCAUCCUGGGGACCCUAAAAUCCAACCCAGAGACCCCAAAAUUCCAUUGGGGAUCCCAAAAUUCCAUCUGGGAACCCCAAAAUUCAUCCCAGAGACCCCAAAACCACCAGAAUUCAUCCUGGGAACCCCAAAAUUCCAUCUGGGGAUCCCAAAAUUCCAUCUGGGAUCCCCAAAAUCCAACCCAGGGAUCCCAAAAUUCAUCCUGGGAACCCCAAAAUUCAUCCUGGGGACCCUAAAAUCCAUCUGGGGAUCCCAAAAUUCAUCCUGGGAACCCCAAAAUUCCAUCAGGGAACCCCAAAAUUCCAUCAGGGAACCCCAAAAUCCACCCCAGGGUCCCAAAAUUCAUCCUGGGAACCCCAAAAUUCCAUCUGGGGACCCCAAAAUUCCAUCAGGGAACCCCAAAAUUCAUCCUGGGAACCCCAAAAUUCCAUCUGGGAACCCCAAAAUCCACCCAAGGGUCCCAAAAUUCAUCCUGGGAACCCCAAAAUUCCAUCUGGGGACCCCAAAAUCCACUCAAGGGUCCCAAAAUUCAUCCUGGGAACCCCAAAAUUCACCCAAGGGUCCCAAAAUUCCAUCAGGGAACCCCAAAAUCCACCCAAGGGUCCCAAAAUUCAUCCUGGGAACCCCAAAAUUCCAUCUGGGAACCCCAAAAUCCAACCCAGGGAUCCCAAAAUUCAUCUGGGAACCCCAAAAUUCCAUCUGGGAACCCCAAAAUCCAUCCUGGGAUCCCUAA